CUGUCGCAGCUCUAAUUCCCAUACAAAAUCCAACGUCCAAACAUGAGGUCAAUAUUCUAAUGAUUUCAUAUAUUUCAUCCAUUAUACAUGUGAUAUCUCAAAAUAAAUCGGAAAAAAGUUCUUCUAUAGAAAUUUUAAGUUUAUGAGAUAUUUUUGACAAGGUAGACUAUUAAAAAAAAAAACAAUUUUGAAAUAAGUUUUAAAUUUAGAUAAUGAUUUUUAAAAAUUACAUUUGAUUAAAAACAAAAUUUUAAAUUAUGAUAUGUAGUGAUAAUAACCAUUGAACUUUAUUUAUCGAUGGAAGAAAACAAAGUUUAGCAAAUAAUGCACCGCAAACAGCUUACCAUUUGGGAAAUAUUAACCUUUCAAACCGACGCUCGUGGGAUGAAGUCCUGGAUAAUUUCCAUCACCUUGUCAAAGGCCAGGCAGCCGAAUGGUGUUGGCAAUUUAUCCGAGAGCGCCCUCCGGAGAUAUGGGAGGACUUGAAGGACGAGUUGGUGUCCCGGCUCCGAGCCGUAGGUGGCGAAUUUACGCGGCUACGCGCUUUGCACGAGCGUCGACAGAAAUCUGGAGAGUCUGUGGAGGAGUAUUUUAGAGCGAUGCGUAGACUGGCGGCGAGACUCACCACACCCAUGGCUGAGUCCGAAAUGGUGCAGGUCGUGAAGAAGAGACUCGAUGAUGAGAUCGCCCGGUAUGUCUACGCAAUCCGGGUCCGGAAUCUGAGCCGCUGAGAGAAGAGUGCCAAAGAGGAAAAGGAAAGAGGAGCAUCACUUUCGCAGGCGGGAGCAGAGGUCAGGUUAUCGCUCGGCGCCGAAGUUUCAGUCAUCCGGAAAGCGAGUGGAGGAGAUAGAGCCAGAGUUGGCACUGUUGGAUGAGGAGGAAGAGGUUAUGGUUGAGGAAACCCACCUGACGAACAAGCCCAAGCUGUGCUGCUGGAACUGUGGCCAAUGUGACCACGGAUUCCGGGAUUGUGUGGCGAAGGAGCAAAAUAUUUUGUUACCGUUGUGGGGAGCCAGAGAUGUUCACGCCAACAUGUCCCAAGUGUUCGGGAAACGCUCGGGUGGGCGUGAUGAAGGCGGGAGAUCAUCGCCCAGGAACGAAGCCAGCGAGGAGAUAAACAAUACUCAUCAUAAUAAAAUUCUACAAAAUAAUAAUCAAAAUAAUAUAUUAAAUAAAAAUAAUUUAAAGUUCUUACCGGCCGAAGAGAAGAUGAGGAGGUAUAUGGAAGUCCGAAACCAGAUCUUUGACGAUCGGCAGCUGGAAGAGAGACGCAGUGUCAGCCAUAGACUUCAAAAGGCUCGUUCACGGUUCCGGAAAAGGCGACAAACACGCAAGGAGGUUGCCGAAGCAGUCAGGCGUGGAGCAGGACGCGAUCCCGGAAUGUUUGCCGAGGUACAGAACCGAGGAAAGCGGAUUGCUGGACUCCUGGACACGGGGGCAUCCGUGAGCUUACUAUGGAGGAGUACGUCUCAAUUGUCAAGACAGCUUCCGGGGAAGACAAGUCCAUUAUCGGGCCAUGUAUUUGGGGGUCGACUUCUGGAGGUCCUUUGCAUUAGCCCCAACAGUCUUGGGAGAAAAGCCAAGCACAUCCAGCGAGGCACAAAUAUCCGAAGUACAGAUGUCACAAAUCAGCCAAUAUGCCGAAGAUCACCAAGAGGACGUGGAUGUGGAUGCUUGGGAUCUGGAAAAAAGGGAAUCGGAAGAGCUGGAAAAGGUCAAGAAAUAGUUCCUGACGUACAAAGAAGCCGUAUUGGGAAUAACAACGGUAGAGGAGCAUCGGAUCCAGUUGGUGGAGGGCGCUGAACCCUUUAAGGAUCGGCACUAUCCUCAAUCUCCAGCGAUGCAGGAAGUGGUUUGGCCGAGGUGGACAAAAUGCUGGAAUUAGCUAUUUCGUAACAAUAAUGGCGCCCAAUCUUAGACAGAAAGUAGAGUCGCAGUCUGUGCGCGACCACAAAAGAGGGAGAGUACGGAAGCGAAUCGUACGGUCAAAGAUAAUAAAAAUGUCCAGUGGAGAGA